AUGGACAGCAGAUCAGCUGUCACUCUUCUGCUCAAUGACUACAUGACGAGCAACAAAGUGAUAAGAUUCUGUAUAAAAGGAGUGCAGCAGAACUAUCGUCACUUCAUCAUGAGGUUCGCCCUCUUAGCCCUCAUUGGUGUGGCCUUCGGGCUACACAACUCGCUGGACCUGCUCCCACUAAAACCACGCAAUGAAUAUGUGUUCCGAUUUGAAGGAGACGUUCACUCUGGAAUUCCACUUCCCACCGAUACCACCGUUUCUCGCAUCCAAGCUAUGGUCCACGUCCAGAUCCCUGACGACCACAACGCCAUCCUCAAGCUGAGAGAUGUACGCUUCGUCACUGGAGAAGACGAGCGCAAGGAACUGUUCCAGCCGACCGAUGAACUGAAGCCGCGCCUCAUGUCGAAGGAGCACGUCGAACUCCUUGAGAUGCCGGUGCGCUUCGGUUACAAGAAUGGCAUGGUUUCCGACCUAAUCUUCGCUAACAAAGAGGAGCCGUGGUCGGCCAACGUGAAGCGCUCCAUCAUCAACAUGCUCCAGCUCAACCUGCACAAGAUGGGACGAACUGACGAGCCGAAGAUGGAGAGGUACGAGGUGAACCGUGAGAACGACUACUACACCACCACCGAGAGGACGAUCGAAGGAGACUGUGAGGUCGCCUACACUAUCCUUAAGAAGAAGGACUUUGUCACUGAGAUCACCAAGUCCGUUAACUUCGACAAGUGCACCCGUCGUCCAGAGGCAAAGUACAACUUCCGUUAUCUGACUGAGUGCCCAGAAUGCAAGGAGAAGGACGUACUCGAACCCACAACGGUCUACACCUACUUGCUUGAGAAGGAGGGUCUCAAGAAGGUCGAGGUCCGCUCCAUGUACACGAUCACCGUUGAGAACCAGCCAGUCAUGAAGACCGAGAUCCGCACCAGACUCACCCUGGAAGACAUCAAGGAGAUCAGACGUGAGUUCGACUGGACCGACGGAAAGAGAGAGACCCUGGUCUACUCCAACGAGUACNGCUCCAUGUACACGAUCACCGUUGAGAACCAGCCAAUCAUGAAGACCGAGAUCCGCACCAGACUCACCCUGGAAGAUAUCAAGGAGAUCAGACGUGAGUUCGACUGGACCGACGGAAAGAGAGAGACCCUGGUCUACUCCAACGAGUACGAGAAGCAGAUCGAACGCUUCCACAUGUAUGGAGAUGAAGUUGAGGUUCUGCCUUAUGAGCGCAUCCGAGACAAGAUCGAGGUCAUCCGCAACACCGUUGAAGAAAUCAAGGAGCUGAAGGAGAACAAGCAUGAAACUACCCAUCUGCUUUCUCGCCUGGUUUCCAUGUUCCGCAUGCUCACUCUCGAAGAGCUGUCCACCCUUCACACGAAGAUCUACAUGCCUGCUGAGGAAUAUAUUAAGAGCAUGAUCGAGCAUUCGCUGGCCAUUGCUGGAACCAGGAACACCAUCACUCACCUUCUUCGCCACAUGGAGAUGAGACACUUUAAGACCUACAGAACUGUGCACCUCCUCAAGUCCAUGCAGCAGACUCCAUACCCAUCACCCAAGACCGUCGAAGAGCUUCUCCGCUUCGCCGAAAACGAGGUCGUCGAGCGCUCACCUGUCAUCCGCCAAUCUCUUUGGCUCACCAUUGGAUCUGUCAUGCACGGAGUUGUCGGAAAAUCUAUGGAUAAGACUUACAUGAAGGAGGACGUCCCUGAGCUCAAGCGCAGAUACAUCAACAUCCUGAUGAAGGAAUACGAGAAGGCUGACGACAUCUACGAGAAAGUGCUUGUGCUGAAAUGCAUCGCCAACGCAGGAAUUGACCUGUCUGUCUACGAACUCGAGAAGAUCAUCCUGAAUAAGCGAGAAGAGCUGCUCGUUCGCAUGGAAGCCAUUGAUGCUCUGCGCCUUCUUAAAGAAUGGAUGCCACGCAAGAUCCAGUCCAUCCUCAUGCCGGUCUACAAGAGCCGUGUUGAGGAGCCCGAGCUCAGAAUGGCCGCUCUUGUCCGCAUCAUGCACACCCUGCCUCCCCAGCCCGUCAUCAGCCAAAUCGUUUCCACCAUGGAGCGCGAGCCGAACCAGCAAGUGGCUACUUUCACCUAUGACCUGCUGAACUCUUUCGCCAAGUCGACCCACACCUGCUACAAGAAGCUUGCUUCUGAAAUCCGUCCGCUCAUGACCAUGACCCGCUACAAGCGCGGAGAACGUGUCUACACCAGCACUUACAAGUACCUGCCCAUGUUCAAGGAAGAGCUCAUGACCGGUGCUAACAUGGACUUCGCCACCAUCUUUGGUAAGAACACUGUGUGGCCGAGGGAGAUGAUGGUCAAACUCGACACCGUCUUCUCAGGCAUGUGGCACAAAUACCUCUUCCAGUUCGGAAUCACUCAGCAGAACAUUGAGCAGAUCUUGGAGAAACUGACUAGCAAACUGAUGAGGAUGGAAAGGAAUACGAACACCGUUGUGCGUGGACGUCGCAUUCGUGAGUCCCUGAACCUCCUGAAGGACAUUGCCAAGAAGCUCAACAUUCAUCCACGUGUCGUUGAAAACAAGACUCCAUAUGUCAUGCUUUACUUCCGCCACAAGGGCAUGGACUACGCUGUUCUCCCGAUCGACGAGAAGAUCAUCGACGAACUGCUUGAGAAGUUCAUCCGAGAUGGAAGGCUUGAGACCAGGGAAAUCGAACGAUAUCUCAGACGCGAACCUGAGUUCAAGCUGCACACCUUCACGUUCUUCUACGAGAUGAUCAGGAAGCUGCCCACCACCCUUGGUCUGCCUCUGAUGAUCAGAUCUAAGAUGCCUACUGUCAUGUCUGCUGAAGGAGAAUUCACCGUGGAAAUGGUAAAUGCCGGAAUCCGUGUCCGUCUUAACACCAAGCCGUCUGUUGUCGCCACCCAUGUCGCAGAGAUGAUGGUGAAGAACCCACUUUUCGAGCAGGGAGUAAAACUCGUCCGCUCUCUCGAGGCUCGUCUGCCGGUCGACUUUGACAUGGAGCUGACCUACAGAAAUGGAUUCGAAAUCAGAACGAACUUCAACAUCCCAACUGAGGAAAAGACUCUGAUGCACUACACCUCGAGACCAAUGACCUUCUUCCGAUUCUUCAGCGGUGAGAGGAAGUACAUCACUGAGACUGAGCUGAAGACUAUUGUUCUUCCCAAAUGGAGACACCUUAACACCGAGAAGGAAUGGACCUACAACAUCUGGGGACUGAAGGCUAUUGCUCGCGGAAACUGGCUCCACAAAUGGAACGUGCGCGAUAUUCUUCUUGGCGAGUACGACUGGGAAUUCGUUCUGACCCCCACUCGUGAGGCACCGAAGAAGAUCCGCUUCUUCUUGGAUAGCUCAAGAAUUGAGAAGGUUCGUCUCGACAAGAUCGAUUUCACUGACCUCUUCGAGAAGGAGUUCGAAGUUGAGAGCAGUGAGCACGAGAACUUUGAGGAGCGUGAACGCCGCGAGUACUUCCACAGGAAUGUCCGCGAGAUUGAGAGGAAGAACGGCUACAAGCACCGCCUGCACAUGAGAAUCGAAGCUGUUGACUCAAUGGUGCCAUACUACGGACAUGUCGAAAUUGUGACCGUUUGCGAUGAAGAGUUCGGCUUCUGCAAGAAGACCAUUGAAGGCAAACGCUCUCCAAUCAACGAGGAACGACGCGAGUGGACUUUCAUGGGACACAUGCAAUUCGUCCUGCCAAAGAUGCCGAAAUCUCUGACGGAGCUCAAGAACCAGAAGCACCGCGAAAUUCAGGGACUUGUUGAGAUGAAAUGGGGAGCUGAGGAGAGGAACAGGCUUAAGAUGAAGAUCCAACUGGAGCAGAGCAAGGAGCAGAAGAAGUGGCUGAAACUCGUCAACAAGGAACACGAGGGACUCACCGCCUACGAUCUCCUCCUCAAGGCUGGCCGACUCAACCAGCUUAAGGUCGUCGCUGAUUACGAACUUUCUCCUCGCAUGAAGAACUUCUUCGAGCAUAUCUACAACUACAUGAAGGGAUACACUAUCUGGAAUAACAAGGUCACCAGGCUCAACCGUGAAAAUGACAGGAUCUACCUGAAACUGAACGUUGACCCAAUCACCCGUGACCUGAUCAACGUUAUGCUUGAGACCCCAUAUGAGCGCAUGGAACUGGAGAACUACGUUGUUCCUCAGCUGUACCUCCCCACUAUUGCCAAGAGAACUCUCCGUGACAUCCAUUAUGAGAUGAACCAGCCUAUGUGUGAGGUGAAGAGCACGAAGGUUAGAACCUUUGACGAUGUCGUCUUCCGCGCUCCACUCACCAACUGCUACUCGGUUAUCGCCAAGGACUGCUCGGAGGAGCCUCGAUUCGUUGUCAUGGUUAAGAAGAUGAGGAAGGAUUCUGAAAUGAAGAAGAUGAAGAUCAUCAACGAGCGUGAGCAGGUCUUCGAAGUUGAAAUGAAUGAGGGCAGACUCAGAGUCUAUGUUGACGGCGAGAAGGUCAACAAGGAAGAACUGGAGAAGUACAACAUCGAGCCGAUUGAGGAGAACAUGGUCCGCGUGAGACUUGAAGACCUCAUGGUCCACUUCGACGGCUACACCGUCAAGGUCUACAUGGGCAAACACAUGACUGAAAAGCAAUGCGGUCUCUGCGGCCACUUCGACGAAGAGGUAUCUACCGUAGUUUUGACGUUGAACCUGCCCAAAAAACUGAAGCCUUUACAGAAGGACAACGAAUUCUACACCCCGAAGAAGGAAUACACCGACGACAUCAUGGAAUUCCACAAGUCGUACCUUCUGAACGAUGAGUGCGAAGUCGAGAAGGAACUUCCCCGUGAGAAGAAGCACUACAGACUGGAGAAGAGCGCGUCAUCAUCGAGUGAGGAGGACUGGCUUGACUUCUACGAGAACGAUGACAAGCGUAAGGAGAUGAGACGCACCUACAAAUACAGGGCUGAGAGUGAGGAGGAAGAAAUCCUGGAGAAGCACCAUGUGAUCGAGUACCCACACCAAGUCUGCUUCUCGCUUGAGCCCGUCCGUGUCUGCCGCAGGAACGAAGUCAAGGGUGAGACGAUGGACAAGAAGGUUCGCUUCACUUGCCUGCCUCGCUCAUCUCGUGAAGCUCGCGAACUCCUUCACAAGGUCCGCAAGAACGUCGUCGACCUUAGCCGCCAUCCCAUUUCAUUCGUCGAGACUAUUGAAGUUCCCCGCACAUGCACUGUGUAUUGA